AUGGAUCCAAACACGGGCAUGGACCCAGAACGGGAGAGACGUCUGAUGACGAUUCAAAUGGACGAUCUAGGCACUGCACGCCGAGAAUACCUCAGUACUUACGAUGAAGAAGUUUUGCCGAAUGCCACUAUUGAGCAGAUCGAGGCAACACGAGCGUGCAAUCAGAGAGGCACCCCGGAAUACCGGUUCCAGCAGGCCAACAAGCCGACGCUUGAUGCCUGGCAUAGUGAGUCUCAAAUUCUGCACCAGAAAAGUAACUUGGGUUAA